CUCAUAAGUAUAUAUUCACUCUAGUUCAGAGACUUGUAGCUGAUGGCAAGCUCACCCUAUGCGGUGGAUCGCACUCAACUACGCCGUCAUCGAGGCAUCGUUCCAGUCCUGGAGCAGAAAAGGGGGCCACGACCAUCUCCAGCUCCAGUGCUUCCGGUGCCUGGCACGGAAAGCAUCCCAAUGCCACAGUUGCCACAGCUGCCAUCGUGGUGUGAUCCGCAGGAAGGUUCAUUUCAAGCUCCAGAUGCACAGGAGCCUCUUGGAGAUUCCGUCCCAAAAGAGGGAGUCGGAGAGUCGCAGAGUGCAGAGAAUACAGAAGUGAACGGAGAUGAUGCAAACAAUGAUGAGAAAUGGCAAGAAGGUUUACAGGACAUGAAGGAGCCUGCAAACCGAUUGCCGAAGCCAACCGAGUUUGUGCAGAAUGAUGGGAAAGCUGGCACAGUUGCAGCUCGGUCGUCCAGCAAACCAAGUGCGGGUCAGGCACCACCUGCACUCCCAACCAGUCAACUGCAGAGUCGACAAGGAACUUCGCAAAGACCACGGCCCCGAUCUACAGAAAAAACUCAGCAGCCCAAAGGUGCCCGCAAAACUCCCCAAAGGAACCCUCAAGAAGACAGACGCGGGAGCCCCCGACGGGCUCCUGAGACCCGGGACAUUGCUAGCAGUCCAAUGUCACCAACCUUUGAAGCACAUGGUUUAACAUCCAAUCAUGCAGAGUCUCUUGGUGGAGUAUUGAAGGAGCUGGGUACUCUCCGUGAUGAUUUCAUCAUGGCCAAGCUGGAAAGCGAGCGAGGUCGCGAGCGAAUUCAGGAAUUGGAGGCCGAGAACAGAGAUUUGAAGAAGCGACUCCAGGAGGCUGAAAAGCAGAAUCGGCAGCUGCUUCAUCAGAAGCAAGACUUGGAGCAUUCUGGGGAUCUGUGGCGGCAGCGUUGGGAAGAUGCGCAGCAACAGCUUGAGGAGUGCUGGAAACGAUUCGAUACCUUGCAAGCUGCGCUUGAUAGAGACGAUAGAGCAGAACAGGAGCCAGAUCCCAAAGAGGAACUUGCUUCAGCUCCGAAGUUUGACAGCGGAGCUUGUGGGGCCUGUCAGGUGGAACUUGCAUCUCCAACAAGCGAAGUCCAAGAUCCACCCGUGGCACCCGUGGCCGUGGAUGGCAAGAUUCACUCUCAGCCGACAGAAGAACUGCUGAAGACUACAUGGACUCAGCAAGUCCCUGCACCAAGUAUCCAACUGCAGAGAAGUAUCCAGACCGGUCUCCAGACUCCUCCCUACAGUGGUUCUAUCCACCUAAAUGUUGGUGUCCCGGUUGCUUCCCCCAGAACCUUGCCUUCAUUUCCAUCUCCGAGGAUACAGCAGGCAGUCCGCAUAGUGAGCGUGCCACAAUCAGCACCCUUUCCGAACGUUUACUAUACGCAAAUUCCGCAGGUUGCGACAGCAACAGGUGGACUUCAGUCCGUACCAGUCGGUUCGACCAACUGCACUGGUUUGCACGGAAGCUUGUCUCAAAGUCCGCGAACACGGACGGCUUUGUGACUGGGAGUUCGCUCCGUUCUGCAGUCCUCUUCCAGAGGACCCGCCCGAUAGAAGGCUUGGAAUCUCUUUAGCAAAGCCAUGAUGAAGAUAAUUUAGGUUUCAAUAGGUACUAAUGUACUGCACAGGCGCUUCUGCACCCAAAGUUGUCUGCAGAUUUCAUUGCAGCGGUGCAGAGAGAUCUCGGUAUAUAUUUUUCAGGAAUUUGAAGGCAUGACCCCAGCGACAGGAUGCUUGGAAGGCCUUUGUCCGACAGGAUACAGGAGUGCGUUGCAAAUCAAAGAGCUCUUUUACACGCCAUUCAGCUAAGCUUGCCAUUCCAAGCUUUGUCGAAAUUCUGG